AUGGGAGAAAUAGCUUUAUCAUCAAUUGAAUCUUAUUGUAGAAAAAUCAGUGGUGGCUAUGGUUAUAUAGAUAAACCACAAUCCACUUGGUAUCAUCUUAAAGGCAUGAUUGGAAAUAUCUAUAUGUUAGGAGACCUAUCAUAUUGUUAUGAAAAGGCAUCCUACAAAACUUUUUCAAAGAUUCAAGUGUCUUUCUUACAUGGACUUGAUGAUCAUUUAGAACUUUGGAGAAUGUCUAACCCUGCAUCUGGUGUCUUAAUCUUUGAAAGAACUCAUAAAGUUGUUGUUCCCAUUGAAUGGGAUAAUCAACAAAUAUAUUUUUUUAAUUUUAUUAAAUUAUUAUGGGAUUUAAAGCUCUGUUUAUUAGAUACAAUUGAAUUGAUCAAAAAAUUACAUGAAGAAAACCUUGCCAACAUGUCUGAAGAAAAUUGUAGAUCUCUCCAUGAGAGACUUCUGAUGCAUUCGCUCGCCCCAUGCAAAGAACAACAUCAUGCAGGAAUUGGUGUGAUUUGUGUUGAGAGUGAAGACGAAAGUCUCUCUUCCCAAAAUAUAUGA